UUAUUUGUGUGAAUUGAGAUUUCAUGUCGCUGGCAAUAUUUUUAACAUGGCCGCAUGUUGAACGAAACGAUUUUCUUUACUGUUUGCCAAAAUAAAAUAAUAUAGGCGUAAUAAGUGUGCGGAUUCAUGUAGAUUGCAUAGCAGAGAAACUGAUUUGCUCGUGACAUACAGUAAGGUGGUUCGUGAAGAUGAUGCAUCACCCGAACAUGCAUCAUCAGCCGAUCUCGGGGCACCCGCCGCAGCACAUGGGCGGGCAUCAGGGAAUGCCCGGGCACCAUCAAAUGGCUCCACAUCAGAUGCAUCGCGAGAACAGGCACGUAACACUAACUAGGGUGCCGCUGGGGCCGGCGCAGGCGGGCGGCGCGAUGGGCGCGCACGGGCAGGCGCUGGGCGGGCUGGGCGCCAUGGGCGUGCCGCCGCCGCACCACACGCCGCAGCGACCACCUCACCCCAUCAGGGCUAUGCCACAUCAUCCGCAGGCGCAGCACCACUCCGUACCACCGCAACAAAUAAAGACGCUCCGGCGGCCGUACGCGGUGGGCGGGGCUUACGGGCCGGGCGCGGGGGUGUUGCCGCCGCCGUACGCGCAGCCGCCGCCGCUGCAGCCCCCCGCCGUCCCUAUACAACAUCCAGUGGUGUCGACGUCAACGAGCACAGUGACGCCGGCGGGCGGGACGGCGGUGGCGGAGGCGGCGGCGGAGGCGGAGCCGCCGGCCGCCACGCCCGCGCCGGACGCCGACGCGCCCGACAGCCCGCGCGCCGCCUCGGCCAACAGUAAAGAGAAGACCCCCAUGUGCCUGGUCAACGAACUGGCCAGGUACAAUAAGAUUAAGCAUCAAUAUCGCCUCACAUCAGAGACUGGACCCGCUCACAAAAAAGUAUUCACAGUAACACUCCGACUGGGUGAUACUGAGGAAUAUACUGCAGAGGGGUCGUCAAUAAAGCGCGCGCAGCACGCGGCGGCGCAGGCGGCGCUGGCGGGCACCAGCUACCCGCCGCCGCCGCCCCGCGCGCCCGCGCCGCACGCCGCCCACCACCCACAUCAUCGACAUGCCGGAGCAGUAAUGCCAACAGUGGAGCUAAACGCAUUAGCAAUGAAGCUAUGCCAGCCAGCGGUGUACACAACAGUGCCUCCCGUCGCGGGCAGCAAUCGCCUAGUCCGGAUAGGCGGUAGUUACGGGCCGGCCCUCGUGUACCGCGUGCGAGUGGGUGUGGGCGGGCGCGGCUGGAUGGGCGAGGGUGCUACUCCCCAGGCCGCCCGACACGACGCCGCCGCGCGGGCCCUGAGGGACCUGCGGCCUCUUGCACGAGCUGAAGCCACGCCCGCGCCUGCACAAGCCACGCCCGACGCAGCUGGUACAGAAGCGAGUGCUGACCUGCUGAACUCGGAGGUGAAGUCCCCAGUGUCGCUGGUGCACGAGCUGGCGCUGAAGCGCAACCUCUCCGUGCAGUUCACCGUCAAGUCCGAGCGCGGACCGCCGCAUAUGCGAGUAUUCGUAACAGCAUGCACGGUAGGCGACAUGGAGACGGAAGGCGAGGGCAACGGCAAGAAGGUGUCCAAGCGCCGCGCCGCCGAGCGCAUGCUGGACGAGAUGCGGCGCCGCUGGCCGCCCGCGCUGCUGCGGGCCCGUCCGCCACACGACAAGCGCAGGCAGCAGCCCGCUAAGAAGAAACCUAGGAAUCUCAUCAAGGAGGGCAGCGCAGGCGGGUCUGGCGCGGCGGGCAGCGCGGACAACCCGAUCUCCCGCCUGGCGGUGGCGCGGCACGCGGUCCGCGCGCGCUCGCCGCAGUACCGCGUGCUGGAGGAGCGCGGCGCGGCGCGGCGGCGCGAGUUCCUCGUGCAGUGCGACGCGCCGCCGCACUGCGCCACCGGCCUCGGGCCCAACAAGAAGACCGCCAAGCGACGCGCCGCGCACAACGUGUUACUAGCGAUGGAGAUGAGCGGCAAGCCCGAGCAGAGCUGCAGCCCCGACGCCGCCGCCGCAGACGCCAAGACCAGCCCUGACGCCAAGCGAAAAGAGGGUGAUGUACCGAACGGCGGCGCGAACAGCGAGGUGCGGCAGCCGGUACCCGGAGUGCUGCUCAUGGACUACCACCAGCGGACGGGACAGCCGCAGCAACCCAAUGGUGUGAGCGAGUCUAGCGCGACGGGCGGGUCGGGCGGUAACACGCCGGGCGCGAAGGACCAGCUCAUGUACCUGUCGCAGCUGCUCGGCUUCACUGUGCAGUUCUCCGACUUCCCCAAGCGCAACCACGGCGAGUACCUGUCGCUGGUGUCGCUGUCGACGGAGCCGCCGGUGAUGUGCCACGGCAGCGGAGCCUCCACGCGAGCCUCGCACGACGCCUGCGCCCGCGCCGCGCUGCGGGCACUCGCGCUCAUGGGGCUCGACGCGCCCACACACACCAUGGCGAGUGUGGGCGGUACGCCGCCGAAGGCCGGCGCGGUGAGCAACGGCAUCGCCGAGUGAAGCCGCCGCGUCCUACCGCUCGACACAUUGCAAUAUCCCGGUGAAUAUCUCACAGCACGAAAUGUUCGGGACGACUCGCAACACUCAACAACACUGCUUGUGCCGUUUCCGGCUAUGAUAUAUUCACGACGUUUUGUUUGAUCUCGAGUCAUGCAACAACUUUUAGUUAAUUUCCCAUAUGAACUUUCAUAUUUUACGACUUUCAAAUGUAUAUUUUUUUGUUAUACAUAACGAUCUGUAAGAACUAUUUAGUUAUUUUAUUUAACGUUUCAUGGAAUUAUGUACUUUCGCUCACAAAUUAGGUUAAUUUUUUUGUAUUUAUUUUUCACGUCUAUGUAAGAGAAUAAAAUCUGAGGAUUUGAUAUUGAAAGAGCGGCGCUCAUCUGACAUAAUAAAUUUUAUAAAGACACAUUAGCCAUGAAUGAUCUAAAAUAACGCUAUAUUUAUUGGUCUUAUUAUAUACUAAACGUAUCUGUUAUUAUAUAAGCGUAGUAGUAUAAAGAAGUAAAAUAUCAUUAAAAUUAUGUAGGAACGAAUAUUGUAACGAAACUGGGGCUGUGAAGCCAAACCAAAACAGGUUCGUCGGGACUCGGCACCGGCAGCGGCGUCCCGACGAACGCGACAGUUGCAUCAUGCGGCCAUGGUGUCUCUUAGUUUAGCUGUACUGUAGUAAUCGCCGUGUCCCUCGGCAGCCGCGGCGGCACAGCGGUACAGUACGGUACACUGCGGGGGCUACGGCGAUUAGAACGAUGUUUGGCCUCGAUUUUUAACUGACUCGUAGUUGAGCGUGUAACAAUAGUUCCCCCGACCCUAAGCUAUGAAAUGUGUAAUUUUAGACUUAUGAUAGACUACAUGAAGCUGGCACGAGUAGCGCUCCACUUAGAAUAAGGUUGAAGGUUGCUUGUUAUACCUAAGCUCUGUGUAACCUAUGUACCAUGUAAUUGUUUAGUAUAGCGUUUGAUUAAUGACAUUUAAACAACGUUCUUUCUAGAUGUUUAAAUAUUAGUAAGUGUAAUACAAUUGAUCGGUACGAUAUUUAUAUAUUGUAAUGAAUUCAUAUUUAGAAUGAAUAUAACUGUGUGUAUGUAUCGUUUAGUUUGUGUUGUCGUGAGGAUACGAUCCAAGCGGGGCCCGGCACCGGUCAAUUGUAUGUUCAGUAACAACCGAUUGUACAUUUCAUUGUAAUGGGUCCGUGAUCAUACGAAACUGUAUCGUAACCACGUCUUUUGUUUUCAAACUUUAUUCAAGUGUAGUCUAUAUAAUACUACGUACUAAGUAUAUUAUAAUCACUAGCGAUGUGUUUACUUGUUCGUUUGUAUGUUCAAACGAUUUUAAAUCGAGGCCAUCGAUCAAUUUCUUCAUGUUCAAAGUUGCACAAGUAACUAAGCAUAAAGAAAUUAACUUAUUAUUGGAUAAAGGAAAACGCCAAAAGGGCAUUAAGAAGUUUAUUUAUUUUGUUGUAAGCAACUAAUAUUUUAUAUUAUUACGUAGGUUGGAGCAAGUCCCAAUUGGAUUUCGUGCUUUUAGCAACUGUACUGUAAGGAUAUAACAAUAAAAAGUUGAAUAUUA